AUGAUCAAGAGCCUGGCUAGCUCCGUUUCUGACGUACUGCUGUUCUGGAGGAAGCCACCUGAGGUCCCGUAUGUUUUGGUAGCUCGCAUCUCUGAAGAUGUGGAGGAAUCUCAAGGCCAAUUCCCCGAGUCGUUCGAGGGCACGCAAGAAGAGCGGGACCUUGUUCGGAAACUCGACAAACGAAUCCUGCCUAUCACCUGCCUGCUCUACCUCUUUGCAUCACUUGAUAGGUCGAAUAUCGGAAACGCACGACUGCAAGGCUUACCUGAAGAUGUUCUUGGAGGAGAUAAAUCUGGGGUGUUAUUCGAUUGGAUUAUUUCUGCUUUUUUCUUCUCAUACGUUCUCUGCCAAAUUCCAGCCACCAUCAUCUCCAAGCUCUUCCCUCCAAAGACAUAUGUCGCGAUUGCAGCCAUAGGUUGGGGCACAACAUCGACUCUGAUGGCUACUGGGUUCAAUUUCGCAAGCUUGAUGACAGCGAGAGUCGCCCUCGGCGUAUUCGAAGCGGGAUUUGGACCCGUGAUAACUCUCUACUUCUCCUUCUUUUACACGAAACGAGAGCUCGGCCUUCGGUUUGCGCUAUGGUUUGGAUUUGCGACAGUAGCAGGAGCUUUUGGGGGUCUCAUUGCCUUCGGGGUGCAGCAUAUUCAUUCAUCAAUACGCAACUGGAGACUGCUGUUCAUCAUUGAGGGUGUUCCUCCUAUCCUCCUCGGAAUUGCCACCUAUUUCUUCUUGCCCAACCGACCCGAAUCAACUACCUACCUCAAUGACCGAGAACGUCAAAUAGCAGUCGAGCGAAUGAACAGAGAUUCUAGUGGAGAUGUUGGCGCUGUCGUGAACAAAGCUCACAUUGUUGCUGCAUUCCGCGAUUGGAGGAUAUAUGCAGGGGGUGUCAUCUAUUUCGGUUUGAAUUGUGCUCUUGCUUCAAUCGGAGCAUUCUUACCCACAAUUAUAACGACUUUUGGGUACACAAACGCUCUUGCUCAACUACUGACUGUGCCUCCAUAUGCAGUCGCUGCUGCCGUGCUGUUGUCAUUUUCGUCUACGUCUGACCGAAUGCAAAGUAGAGGGAUCUUCAUGGGUAUUUCUUGCUGCAUAGCAGGAAUCGGGUAUCUCCUACUCUUGACGGUUGUGGACGAUAAUCACGCUCGCUAUUUCGCGACGUUUUGCAUCACGAGCGGAACAUAUACUUCGAUCGGAUUGACCAUUGCUUGGUUUGGUCAUAACUUGGGCUCCGAAACCAAGAAAGCCACUGGCAUACCGCUAUUUAUGGCCAUCGGGCAGUGCGGUAGUAUUUUAGGGUCGCACCUUUUCCCGCAGACCGAGGGACCGAGAUAUAUGAAAGGAUUUGGAAUCUCGUGCGGUCUUCUCUUUUUGGCAGCUUUGUCUAGCGUAGUUCUGUCGAUUUCGUACCGAUGGGACAAUGCUCGCCGCGACAAACUAUAUGGCAAGGCCAAACCGAACGGGAAGAUAAACACGCACGAGCUGGCAGACAAAGCCCCUGAAUUCCGCUACGUUCCAUGA